UAAAAAUAAACAAAGGAUCAAAUGAUCAAAUCACCAAAGGAAAACUGCAAUUGGGUGCGACUUUGUGGCUAAAAAAGGGUUUUCAGAUUUUAUGCACGAUUAGCUGGGCCGCUUUCAUUAAUAUUUCAGAAAGAUGAACAUCUUACCACACAAAAGCUGGCAUGUUCGAACCAAAAAGAACAUUGCCCGGGUUCGGAAAGACGAGGCCAAAGCAGCCGAGGAGAAAAAAGAAGAGCAGAGAAGGAUACUUUUGGCUGAGCAAGAAGCUCGGACAGAAAUACUACGGAACCGAGUCAGGGAAAGAUAUGAUGGGAGACCAGGCAAAACAGAAGGAGGAAAAGCUCCAGCAGCUCCUGCGACCAGCACAAGUGGCCACGUAAACUUUUUUGAAGAUCUAGAAAGUGGUCCAUCUAAAACUUCUGGAAAGAAUAUUGAACAUGAGAAGGAGGCUAAGGAAGAACAAGAAAAGUAUGAGAAGAGCAUUGGUUAUCUGACAUAUUUAGGCCAGGACACAGUCGAGUCUACUGGAAUCAAAUCCUGGUAUGAGAAAAGACCACUUCGACUUGAAGAGGGAGACGUGGAAGAAAGCAGGAACAGCAAGAAGAAGAAAAUUGAAGAAGAUCCUCUUCGAAUUUUUGCUGCCUUCUCAGGAAUAAAGAAGCCAGAGUUCAAGGAGAGGGAAAUUGAGUUCCAUAAACAGAAUGACACAAGUGUUGUAAAAAACGUGAUUAAGACUGAGCUCGGCAUUAAAAGUGUGAAAAAGAAGCAUUCCUUGGAAAAAGAAAGAGACAGACGGACCAAGAAAAAGAAGAAGGAGAAAAAGAAAAAGUCCAAGAAGCACAAGAGAGAAAGAAAACGGUCCAAUAGUGAAAGCGAAGAAGAAAAUCCAAAGCCAAAAAGCUCCAUUGAAAAACUGAGAGCCGAAAGAAUUGCGAGGGAACAGGCUGAACGUGCCAAAGCGGCAUCUCUGUUGGCAAAAGUCAAUGGUACGCCAUUGCCGGAAGAACCGAAACCCAAGAAAGAAGAGUCGCCUCAAAUCAAGCAGAAAUACAACUCGCAAUUCAAUCCUCACUUAGCCAGGCAAAAUUUUGAAGAAGCAGAUCCAUGGAAUAAUCAGCCGUGGAACAGGAGAUGAUUUGAGUAAUAAAGUGAACAAAAAAA